AUGAACUCGUCUGUUAUUUCAAUCAAACUUGUAUUGCUAGGUGAAGCGGCGGUAGGUAAAUCCUCCAUCGUUCUUAGGUUUGUGUCAGAUGAUUUCACAGAGAACAAGGAACCUACCAUCGGGGCAGCAUUCUUAACUCAAAGGGUUAAUAUCGGCGAUGAGACAGUGAAGUUUGAGAUAUGGGAUACUGCAGGACAGGAAAGAUUUGCAUCUUUGGCACCUAUGUAUUACAGGAAUGCCCAGGCGGCUUUGGUUGUGUAUGACGUUACUAAACCACAGUCGUUUAUUAAAGCACGUCAUUGGGUAAAAGAAUUACAUGAACAAGCUAGCAAGGGUAUUAUAAUUGCUCUUGUGGGUAACAAGAUUGAUGUUCUGGAGAGCGGCGAAGAAAGGAAGGUUGCGCGCGAGGAGGCCGAGAGAUUAGCGGAGGAGGAAUCACUUCUUUAUUUCGAGACAAGUGCAAAGAGCGGUGAGAAUGUUAAUGAAGUCUUCCUCGCUAUCGGCGAGAAGAUCCCACUGAAAAAAGCGCAAGAGUCAGCAAAUCAGUCGAAUGGUGUGAGAAUUGCGGAUGAUCAAAGGAUAGAUUUGACGUCAUCUGUGAAUGGACCUGUUAAGGCCGCUGGUUGCAAUUGCUAG